GUAUCUCACCAAUCAGGACGACCACCUCUGGGUUUACGCAACUCAGCCCCCAACACAGCAGGCCCUGAAAUCUUUCCCCUUCCACAGAAGUGGGGCUUAUUUUCUCACGCUUCUUACUCUUUGAUUCACUAACUCGACAUCUCCAAAGCCUGCUCAAACCGUGCCGCUUGUCAUCGGACUCGGUGUAUUUCCACAACCAACCUUCGAUGUUGACAAGCGCGCGCGCGAUCUUGCUACCUCGUCUGCCUGCCUACAAUGGAGGCUUUAUCAAAACAGCUCAUCUUGUCCACUCAAAGCGGUCGCCUGAAACCGGAUGUACGGCUAGGGGUUGCAAUCUCAGAGUUUGCGCAGUCCCUAGGCGAGGAUCGAAAGCGAGAAUUCCAAAAGAUGCAGACUUCUAGUACACAAUUAUGUGGGCGAGACGCUAUACGCGUAACGGAAGAACUCAAUCGAGAUAGCGAGCGGAGAUAUCAAAAUCGGCAACCGUGCGGUACAAAAUGUGGGAAAUUUCUGGAUCGGCUCCAGACGCUCGCCAACAUAGGAGACAUCGCGGUUGGAGGUUCCCAGAAUAUAAUUGCCACCAGCGUCUGGUGUGCUGUUAGGCUUUCAUUGCAGGCCGCCACAAAUUUCCGCAGCUAUUUCGAACGACUCUCGAAUCUUUUCAUGAAGCUCGGCACCUCAUGGGAGCUCCAUAACGAGUUCUCGCAAAUCUUUCCUCAGUCUGAGGCACUUCAGACAUUCCUCUGCGAAUACCUCAUCGUCCUCAUGCGAUUGUGCCGAAAAGCCGUUAUCUUCAGCAACAAGUCUCUCGGAGGUCAGCUUUGGUCGUCACUUGGGGCAUCCUUCGAGUCUGAGUUUAGACCACUACAAGAAGAGAUGGAUAAGUGGGGGUUGAUGAUUCAACACAAGACUCAGCAACUUGCAACGACGCAUGUGGUUGACGCUGAGAUGUUCAGACGGAGAGACUACAAGCAGCGGAUACUCAAUCGACUAUCUCCGAACCAAUCCCAGCAUAUCACAACUUGGAGACGACACCGACGUAAAGGCGACUGCAAAUGGAUAUAUCAGACAGAAGCCUACAAGUCUUGGAUAGCGGAGAACACGUCUUCAGCCUUGUGCAUCAGUGGGAAACUUGGGAGCGGCAAAACAGUCUCAAUGGCCAAUCUUGUGGCUCAAUUGAAUAUGCACCAGACUUGCGCCUUCUUCUUUUGCGAUUUCAAAGAACAAGAGAGCUUGAAAGCUACGACUGUAAUGGGGAGCAUGGCAUUUCACUUUCUGGACAGCAUACCAGGGAACGACCCGGCUUGGGACACUCUUUCAAGACAAGAGGACGCUAGGGCAUCACUAUUUGCAACGUCCGAGAUUAUUGGACUCUUGAAUGAACUCCUCCCAGUUGACAAAAAGCUUUCUAUUGUUUUGGAUGGGCUGGAGGACUGUCCCGAUGAUGAGAUCGCCGAGAUCGUGUCUGGUCUCCACCGCUUAAUGUCAAGUCGAAACAUUCUCCUAUGCUACUCGGCCCGAUCAGGGUCGGUGUUUCGACGUGUGACGAGCCCAAAGUUAGGUGUCGACUUCUCUGUCAGCCUCGAAAACAAUCUGCAUGACGAGGAAAUGAAAAUGUAUAUAACUGAAGAGGUGGCGCGACGGCAACAGAUCAGCCAGGCGGGGUUGUUCAGCGACGAACUCGUGGAGCUGAUCAAGAAACAAUUAUUAGCUGGUGCCCAAGGAAUGUAUUUAUGGGUUGCGCUGCAACUCGAGUCAAUAUUUCCGAGCAACCCAAGAACGAUCGUCACCCACGAACAAGCCCUCAACUUAAUCAACAACCUCCCUAAAGACCUACCUGAAACCUUCGAGAGAGCCCUCGAAAAGGUUUUCGAUCACCGCUACGGGAACACUAUGAUGAAGAUUGUCACAGCAGCACCAUCGUCGCUUACUCUUGACGAAAUCAAGGUCGCCCUGGCUGUGGUCCCUGGCGAACCAGUUUGGUAUGCAGCCAAAGUCCCGUCAAAUUCAGCCCAGCUGGUUGCACUCUGUGGCGGCAAUCUUCUGGAGCUGGAUGAAGAGGAUGGGAAAGUCCGAUUCAUACACUACAGCGUGGUGGGCCACUUUCUUCAGCCAACAGAGAAUCCCCGAACAAUGCUGUAUCACUUUACUAUUCAAGAAGCCGAGAUCCUAUCCAGCGCGAUCUGUAUCACGUAUCUGAGUAUGUCGAUUUCUGAAACGGCUGUUACGCUGCCAAGGCAUAUUGACGGGUCAAAGUUAUCGGAAAAGAUAAUCGGCACCGCAGCCUACGACCAACCCCUUGUAGCCCGCCUUGUACACCAUUUCAAGAAAAAGGACAGUGAAAGCUCUUCAGCAGCAGAACUAGAAAUCGGGCGCCUGCUGGCCGAGAUACAGGCUACCCGGUUACCGGACUUCGACCCGCAUUGCUUCCGAGGCUGUGCUGCAUCAAAUUGGCUUCAUCAUUCCCGAUCUUUCGAGAGGCAAAACCCAUUGUGCGAUUCUGUCUGGCACCUCUGGAUGGGGUUGCUAUGCGGGAACGUGGCAAUAGCGAAACCUCCUUUCCAGAACUUUAUGGUAGAGUCUUCGCGAGCGCUAUCCUGGGCGAUUGAGCACCAUCACGGGGCUUUGAUUCGCGCCAUCUUGAACGAACCAGCCACAGAACCACAGGAUCCACAGACGUUUGCUGAGGAAGUUCUUGCGAACCUCAUCAAUUAUGAUAGCUACGGGUCUUAUCUCGGCAGUCUUCUCGUGCACUUACUCCAUCUGAUUGCCAUCACCCUGCUCCGUGUUGAUGAGCGAGGGCAGGAUGAGCCUUGGCUGUUACCGUUUCAAGUCUUGCAUAAACUUCUGGAUUGCGGAGCCGACGCGAGCACUCCCCAUGCAAAGAAUGGAAAGCACGUCCUCAAGAUGCUACUUGAGUUACUUGGCCACAUUCGCGAGCAUUCAUCUGUGGGUUGCCAGUUGAGCGAACUCACUGAGCGAGUUUUAACACUUCCUAAUGUGCUCUCUUUGAUCCGGAGCGAUUGGGUACCGUACGCGCUUCGAACGAUUCUGGAAAUCGGCAACAUCAGAAUCUUUAAGAUUCUCCUGACAUUCCGACCAGAACUACGCAUGCCAGCUGAAGAGAUAUCCCUCGUCGGGAUUGCUGUCGCCCAACAGGACAUCGAGCUAGUCAAGAUGUUGGUUGUUCUACUUCCUGAUGGCGGCGACUGCCUUGGACCCCUUGGCACACCCGGCACAUCCGGCAUGCCAGCUAUACAGCUUGCACUCCAAAAUCAGAAUGUCGAGAUGAUGCAACUGCUUGCCAACCACGGUGGACUGAAUAAAUCCGAUGUGGAAUUGCAUCUGGGUCCCGCAAUAAUAUACUUCAAGGCUUCCCGUCCAGAAACUCGGCGCGGACUUGUUCGCCCUUCAUACGCAUUUCUAGAGGCAUGCAAGACGCUUGCGGAUGACCUAAGUCAAGAUCAGAUCUUCGAAUAUUUUCGGGUGGACAAAUUGGAGAGAACCUCCAAGCGAGGAAAGACGAGACGAAUUCUGCUGGAGUUGGCCAAGGCGACUCCACCCGAUCAGCUCAAAGCCCAGUGCCCAAAAGGAAAUACAGCGCUGCAUUAUCUAACAGGCGGCAUUGCGGAAUUCAAUUCCGAGGCACUUCAGGUUGCCCGGCAUCUCCUUCGAAUCGAUUCAGUACGAUCCGGGCCGGCUACGAAGAAUAAGGCUGGCCAGACCCCGCUACGUCGAGCGAUUGAUCGUGCCUCGCUCAGCGGCUGGACCAUCCCGUAUGAUUUCAGCCCUUCGUUCCUUGCAAUCAGGAUUUGCCUGGGGGUAGUCUCGGACGAUGAACUCACCGGUGACGAGGACAGCAUUCUCGGCUUUGCUAUUGUCAAAGGUGCACCACUUGACCCAGUCAUCCGUUCCAUCAUACACGUUGGAGCCAACAUGAAUGGGGUCCUGAACGGUGCUACACCUUUGGAGAUCGCAUUCGCUCUGCCAGACGUAGGUUGCGCAGCUCAGAUCGUAUUUUGCCUUUUGGCGCAUGGGGCUGAUCCAUCGCUGAAAUUCUCGAAUGGAAGCUCCCUACUCGACACUAUGACACCAAUAAAUCGACGUUGGCUGAUUAAUCAGGUUUCUCGGUCUAUUACACAAAGGCCUUGUCAGAAUGGGAGGGCAUGUUAUCAAGAUGGUUCAGCGAUACUCGCGUUGGAGCGGAUGAUACAAAUGACCCGCAUCAAUGAUUAAGUUGAGAGGCAGUGGGUAGUAGAGAAUUAAGGCUACAUGCACUUAUCGUAUUUUCACUACUAUUCUCGACACUACAGGUUUUUUUAAACGCUGUCACCGUACCUAGAAGGUGCCGUAUAUGUCCUCGGACGUAUAUGGAAUAGAAGAAAAACCAGAUUGAAGACGUGGUCCUCGGACAUGGCUCUUCGUGAAGGCGUCAUCAUGUACAUAUAGAGUCUCUUCUAAACCAGUAAACCCUAAUAGGCAGACCUAAUAUACAAUUCUAUCUUA